AGAAAGCAGCGAUGCCUGAAUCAACCGAGCAUGUGGAAGAGGCAAAUACGUCUCCUAUUUGUCCCCCCAAUGAGGACAUUGAGGACGAGGACGUUGUGGGGGCAAAUACCACUCCUAUGUGUCCCCCCAACGAGGACAUUAAGGACAAGGACGUUGAGAGCGCAAAAACGAGAGCAAAGCGCCUGGCCAGAGACGAAAAACGAAAAUGUGUCCGAAGUUUAGCACCAGUUGGCUUAUUUGUAGUUGGUCUAAGUGUAGGUGCUGUACUAGUUCGUCUAGUAGCUGGUUGUUAUGGGUAUUGGGGGGGUACAAGUGAGUGUGUCAAGGACAUCAGUGCUAAUUGCACUUUCUCAAAAGCUGCUGUGGCCGCAGACUCCUGGACUUGUUCAGAGAUUGGACGGAACAUUCUUCAGAAAGGCGGCUCUGCAGUAGAUGCUGCCAUUGCUGCGCUGCUGUGCACCUCCAUCAUCAACCCACAGUGCGCGGGGAUCGGAGGCGGGGUCAUAUUCACUGUGAUGGACAGCUCCGGUAAAGUGAAAAUCAUCAACUCCAGAGAGACUGUCCCCAGAAAUGUGAACUCUGACCUGCUUAAGUCGUGUAGUAAAACCACAGAGUGGACCAUGGAAUGGAUUGGGGUUCCUGGGGAAAUUCGAGGUUAUGAAGCAGCACACCGGCUUUAUGGGAAGUUGCCGUGGGCCGACCUCUUUCAACCUGCCAUCAAAUUAGCCAGAGAAGGAUUCCCUAUUCCUUACUUGCAAUCCAUUAUUAUUAUUUCACUGUCUUUGUCUUUUAGGAAGUUAUAUUUAGAUAAAAAUGGGAACCUGCUUAAGACCGGGGAUACUGUGAAAUUUGAGAAACUGGCUGACACUUUGGAGACGAUCGCAAACGAGGGACCAGAUGUGUUUUACAACGGAACAAUAGCGAAGAAUUUAAUCAGUGACAUACAGAAAGCAGGAGGAACACUCACACUGGAGGACUUGGCUUCGUAUCAAACUAAUGUGACUGAUGCGUGGAAUAUUUCUCUGGGAGAGUACCGGAUGUACUUCCCUCCGCCCCCUGCAGGGGGAGCCAUCCUCAGCUUCAUCCUCAACAUCAUGAAAGGAUACAAAAUGAAAUCAGAACCUAAGACGACUGAUGAAAAGAUUUUGUUUUAUCACCGUUAUAUUGAAGCUUUAAAAUUUGCCAAUGAAUUAAAGACAAAUAUCAGAGAUCCAAAGUUCAGCUCAGAUAAAAUGGCAAAGAAUUUGACAGAGGAUAGCUUUGCCAACCACAUACGGAGCUUGAUCAGCAGCGACAAGACUCACGAUCCCCAGUAUUACGGCAAAAACUCGUAUCUGGACAGCAUCGGCACCACACAUGUAUCUGUGCUGGCUGAAGAUGGAUCUGCUGUGUCUGUCACCAGCAGCAUCAACGACGAAUUUGGGUCCAAUGUCCUCUCUUCAAGCACUGGAAUCAUCCUCAACAACCAUCUAAAUGACUUCUGUUUUAGAGCUAAUAACAUCUUUCAUGGGGAGCGGCCUCCCUCCAAUAUGGCCCCAUCUGUGCUGAAGACUCCGUCGAAGACGCUGGUGAUUGGAGGGUCUGGUUCUGAAAUGAUUCCACCAGCAGUGGCCUCGGCGCUCAUGAACCACCUUUGGUUUGGAAAGAGUCUUAAGGAGGCAAUUAUUACGCCUGUUGUUCUUGUAGACUCUCAAAGUGAAGUAAAACUUGAAUCCAAGCUUGAAAAGGAUGUAGUUGAUGGUCUUGAAGCUCUGGGACAUAAAAGGGUGAAGACAGCCGAUGCCAACAGGCUGAACAAACUGAUUAAAAAGGCUGGUUCUGUCCUGGGUGUCAGACUGGACCUGGAGGAGGUGUCUGAGAGGAGAAUGCUAAAAAAGCUUCUUUGUAUCAUGGAUAACCACUCUCAGCACAUGCACGCCUCCAUGAUGCACCAUCGGAGCACACGCAGCAAAAGAAUCAUUGCCCCGAAAUGCAGAACUGACCGGCACAGGAAAUCCUUUGUACUACAGGCGUAA